GAGAAGCAGCAGAGAAGAAUAUAGCUGUCUUUAUCUCGCUUGUCAUGCACAGUGCAACAUGCCUGCAGCAGACAGAACAGAGGCAUGACAUAUCCUGCAAGUCGUGCACAACUUGUGGAGCAGCUCAGCCGCGUUCAGGGCUGUUGUGGAAACGUCAGCAAGGUUUCGUCUUGAAACGGCUGCAGCGUGACAUUGCAGAGCCUCUUUUUUGGUCUCUUUCCCCUUUAUGUGUGUGUCAUUUGUGGAUGAAAGCAUGGGUGGAUGGAGGAAGGCAAAUCUCUGAGCCACAGUGAGAGAGCGUGCACACACACGUCAGCUCGGGGAGGGCAAAGCCUGCUUAAGAUGCAGCGAAUGUGACAGUCGAGCCGAUAGUCCAGACUACAGCAGCGCGUGGACGGGAAAGGUGAGCGUGGUGGGGGUGGGGGGGCACAAAAAUGCCAGUGGAACCAGCUCACCCGCAGACGUGACGCCGACACACCGAGAAAAAAGAGGAAGGCACGCGGAGACGCUCAGCUGGUUUCCAAAUACGCGCGGAGGAGUCGGAGGGGGAACAGAGAGGACUGAGGUGCGGGAAGCGUCGCCCUUGUCUGGGGGGGAAAGAUGACAGUGGUGCCCGGAGAGAACCUGGAUGAGACUGUGGCACUGGCCGCGCUGUCAGCCCAGGAUGUGUACGACCCGGAGAGAGCCGAGAACCAGGAGUGCUGCGAGCGGGUGGUCAUCAACAUCUCCGGGCUGCGUUUCGAGACGCAGCUGAAGACACUCGCCCAGUUCCCCUCCACUCUGCUGGGGGACCCGCGCAAGAGGAUGCGCUUCUUCGACCCGCUGAGGAACGAGUAUUUCUUCGACAGGAACAGACCCAGCUUCGAUGCCAUCCUCUACUACUACCAGUCCGGGGGGAGGCUCCGGAGACCCGUCAACGUGCCAGUGGACAUUUUCAUGGAGGAGAUUAAAUUUUACGAACUGGGGGAGGAGGUGAUCGAGAAUUUUAAGGAGGAUGAGGGGUUUAUUAAGGAGGAAGAGCGCCCGCUGCCUGAUAACGAGUUCCAGCGGCAGGUUUGGCUCCUGUUCGAGUACCCGGAGAGCUCCGGACCCGCCAGGGGGAUCGCGAUAGUUUCCGUGCUGGUUAUUCUCAUCUCCAUUGUGAUUUUCUGCUUGGAGACUUUACCGGAGUUCCGAGAGGAAGCCAGAACGUUUGACGAGCAGCUGGUGGUGAACGGGACCGUGCGCGCAAAGAAGCCAAACCCGUUCACAGACCCGUUUUUCAUCGUGGAGACGCUCUGCAUCAUCUGGUUCUCCUUCGAGCUGCUGGUCAGGUUCCUCGCUUGCCCGAGCAAGCCCGCUUUCUUUAAGAACAUCAUGAACACCAUCGAUAUCGUGGCCAUCAUGCCCUACUUCAUCACGCUGGGCUUGGAGUUAGCGGAGCACCAGGGGAACGGGCAGCAGGCCAUGUCGCUGGCCAUCCUCAGGGUCAUCCGUCUGGUCCGGGUCUUCCGGAUCUUCAAGCUCUCCAGACACUCCAAGGGGCUCCAGAUUCUCGGGAAGACCCUGCAGGCCAGUAUGAGGGAGCUGGGACUGCUUAUAUUCUUCCUCUUCAUCGGGGUCAUCCUCUUCUCCAGCGCGGUGUACUUCGCGGAGACGGAUGACCCGGACUCUGGCUUCAGCAGCAUCCCGGACGCGUUCUGGUGGGCGGUGGUGUCCAUGACCACGGUGGGCUACGGGGACAUGUGUCCGGUCACCAUCGGAGGGAAAAUUGUGGGCUCGCUGUGCGCCAUAGCCGGAGUGUUAACCAUCGCGCUCCCGGUGCCCGUCAUCGUCUCCAACUUCAACUACUUCUACCACCGGGAGACGGAGCACGAGGAGCAGUUCCAGUACACGCAUGUGACGUGCGGCCAGCAGCAGCCGCAGUUUGGAGAGUUCAACAAGAGCGACAGCAAGCCGUCUCUGUCCAAGUCCGACUACCUGGACAGCGAUGACGCGGACUCCAUCAAAUACACCAACUGCAGCCCGCACAAAGCGUACACCGGGAAGCUCACCGAUGUUUGAUUUUUGACCCACAAUUACGCAUCAGUGGCGCGCUGAGGGAAUCUUUCCGUGCCAUCAAACAUCCCGCGCUCUGGUUUGAGUUUAGGUUGGCGAGCUCCUUAUUUCUGCCAUCAAAGGGAUUCAUUUCAUUCACAGAUGGAUUAUUAUGAGAUAACUCACAUUUAUCCCCCUGAAACAGUCUUCCAUUACGCGCGCCAUGAGUCAGAGGGGAAAGCUUUGAAAUGAUCAGCCUUUAGCCAGUUGUAGCACUUUAUUGUUGUUAUUAUUAUUAGCCUGAUGUUUCUCUUAGUAAAUGCGUAAUUUAUUGCCACAAUAAUGCAGGUUUAAAGUUUACAUUUGCUUUUCUGUCUAUCUGAAGCAACACAGGACCAAUUUAGUCUAAAUAUACAGACUGAUGCAGGAGGCACAUGGUGGCUGUUUUUGUUAUGGCCCCGCGCGCGCGCACACACGCACACCUGUUAUUUCACCCUCAUGUAUUUUCCAUUCACUCUGCAUGGAGCUCAGUGGUGGAUCAGAUGAUGUGCGGCAGGCUGGAGGAAUCACUUAUCCUAAAAUUAAACUUCUCUGAGCAGGCUUCCGUACAAGUCGCCUAAAUGUUUAAAUGUUGCUUCAGGAGGUUAAAUCCUCACUUUGUAGAGAGGCAUUAUGAAAUCAGGUGCAGCUUUUCCCAAACCAAGAGCGCCACUGUGUGGAUGACAAGGAGCCCCGCAUCUCUCCGGUGGAUGCAGUUUCUAUAGCAACCUUCCAGACUUUUCUGUAUUGUCUGCCACAGGAAUGAAAGGCUGAGGCUGUGGAGACGAGGCUCAGCGAGGCCACAAAACCACCAUGUUGUGGAAGCCUCCAUGUUGUUUUAGCUCACCAGCUGAAUCCGACACACGUUAUUUUAAUCUCCAACAGUAAAGAUGAUCAAGUAUAAAAUAUUAGCAGGCAGGUUUGUGACCUGUUGUCCAUGCAGCUCAGUCACACAGAGAAUAUGAUCCGCAGAAAUGAACUGGCUGCAACAAGCUGAAAAUAAUGAGAAAUGUUCUUCACAAGUUCCCAGAAACACAUCUGAUGUUUUAAAAUCGUGCAUUUUUUCAGCUUGAAAAAUCUUAAAGAGUUACAAUAGGAAAAAAAAAAGGAAAUCGUCCUGUUCAAUAGAUUCAGUGAUGAUAUUAUGGAUGUUUCAGAGCUCGACUGAUACUGACACUUCUUUAAUAUCUCUGCUGAUAUUAGACAUUUAUAUUAAAGUGCUGUGAUAAAAUGUUCUGACAUUUUAGUGUUAGUUUCUUAUCAAAAAAGUACAGUUUGAACAGCAAAACUUAUAUAAACUAAACGAAAAACAACAAAAUCUGAUAAAAAAGAUGCUAAAAAUGAUCAAUACAACAAAGUUAAGUCACAUUUUAGCGGCAUUUGUUACAUAUCAGUCAUGUACGGAGGCUAACAAGAGCCAAGAUCUGAAUUUUUGGUAUUGAAAUUGUGAUUUGAAUUUCACGAUUAGGUAUUCAUUCAGUUGCAGAAGAAGAAACCAAAUGACAAUGGUUUGAAUUCUCAUCUUUGGAACUGCCAUGGGUGAUUUCAAGUUGUGAAUAUUAUUUAAAAAAAAACAAAAACAACAACAAAAAAAAACUAGGGUUCAGAGAUUCAGAUAUGAAAUUUCAGCAUUAAUAAAAAUAAAAAUAAAAAGAUUUCAAGUUGCUAAAGGGUCAUUCCACAGAAUCAGUGCCCUUUAGUGUCCCAAAGAGGUAAUCAGUCAUAAAAAGCUUGAAACAAUGAACAAAUAUGUAAUUUAAAAAAAUAUAACUUUGCCUGUAAUAUAACAUAAAAUUAAAGUCAAUUAAAUAACGUUUAAAAUAUUUUGAACAGCUUUAUACUGGUGAGAGUGAGGUUUUUGGCCUGUCCCUCACUAUAAUAGUUUUACUUCAGCAAGACUUUUAAUUUGUAAAAAUUAAAUCUAAAAAUCCAAAAAUUAAAUAUUAAACAAAAACAAACAAAGAAACAAAUGAUAAAUAUGCAGAAAUAUGAACGUUUCCAUUUCCAUGACACCUGGGCUAACCCUUCUUCAGCUGAAGAAGAUCAUGUGAUUUGAUCAAAAGCUCCAGAACAGCAACUAAACUGACCUGUUUCUUGUCAAGUCUGAAUGGGAUCAUUUAGACAACCAAUCAGGUUACGCUGAUCCAAGAAAGAAACAUUUAGGAGUGACUGAAUUAAAGUUUUUGAAAUUACAAAAAAAUCUAAAAAAAAAAUAAUAAUAAAAAAAAAAGAAUAAAAAUAGCGUCCAAACUACAUGAACUCAGACAGAUUUUGUUUUUUAUUAAAAUAUUUCAAUACCAUUAAUUCAGUCAUAUUUAAACUUAAACAUUAGGUGUUCAGCCACUUGUUAAAAAUUGAAAUUAUUUUGACAUUAUCAGUCAGCCAGUAUCAGUCGAGCUCUGAUGUUUUAACUUCAGAUUAUACUCAAAAUACAAAAUCAUUAAUUCAACAAAAUCUGUCUCCAAUCGAUCAAUAAUUUCGUGCAUGCCCCGAUAUUUCAAACAAACUGAUUCAGAACUCUAUGAUUUAUUGCACAGUGAAAUGUCAGGUCACCUCCUGCUGAGUUUAAGUCUCCAUAAUUAGCCACGACAUGAAAGCACCUUACUCAUCUGGACUCGAUGGACGAAUCACUCAACCAAACCCGAUGAAAACAAAAAGAGGAGUUCUUGAACAAACUGAGGGGAUUAAAAUGGUCCCAGCAGACGUCACGUGUUCACCGUCCUGUUGGAUUAUUAGCUGAUGGAUUGAUGGAUGGAGGCCUGAUGGAAUUUAACUGCUGAAUCAUCGACACAGACGGAUCGAUGGACGGAAGGACGGACGGCUCUUCAGCUCAGACGACCAAUGGAAUCAGUACACCAAGGGCUGGUCACACAGAGAGGUGCAGAACGAUGAGCCACACCUCCACCUCGUCAAACCAAAAGAAUACGCCAUCCCUGCUUGCCCCGCACCUCCUCCUCCUCCUCCUCCUCUUUCUCCUCCUCUUCUUCUUCCUUCCUCUGAUGAAGGUGAAAUAAAACAAACUCUGGAUAAAAACACUGACACUCAUAGAGAACACAGAGCUAUGAGACGCCUUUCCAUUACAAGAGGACACCCUGACUGAUUUUUGCACAGAGCAAAGCUACAGUGGGACUCUGAGGUACGACAAAUGUUACUUGAAUCAUCUGCAACAUAUAUUUACAACAUGUCUGCUGGCUAACGGAGUCCUCCAUAUAUUCAUGAAUAGAUGUUUUUUGGGAGACUGCUCCUGUUGCUGUAGAGAAAAAGAAACUUGUAAGUCCUUGUCUGUACGUUGCAUAUCAUAUUCAAACCAAAACAUAUUAUUGCAUGCUUGGAAAGUAGAGCAUGUAAACAGAAGAAAACAAGUCUGACUUUUGUGUUGACGGCUCAACCCAGCACCGCUAAUCUGAAACAUGGGAACAACAACAACAACAACAACAACAACAACUCAUCAAUAUCAAGUUUAUUGAGAUAAUUCUGUUCGACUGGUGGAGUUAGUUGCUAAAUCUAUAUUUUUUAAAGUGUCAUACUGUAUAUGUUUUAUAUGGAGAGGAAUUAGUUAAUUAUUUUGUAGAUUUUUAACAUUUUUGCUAACGUGUUUUUAUUUUAUUUUCUUGUUUUUUCUUUCUUUUUCUUUUUUUUUUGCCUUGGUAAAAACAAAGCAGCUCCAGAGGGCAGCUCUGAUGAAAAUGUCUACUUUAAAAAAAAAAAAAGGAAAAAAAACCCUGCCCCUAUAUGAAGAAUGUUCGUGUGGAAAAUUAACAAAAAAAAAAAGAAACGCAUUUAUUGCAGACAUUUGACAUCUGAUUUUCUUUGAAUAUUUUUGAUUGUGUUUGGCUUUUGAUCAGAAUGCUGUAUAUCUGUUAUUAUCGAUAACAUCUACCUCAGUGUCCGCUCAUUAAUGACAGAAGCUUUAACACCUGAGUGAUGUCAGUGUCCCUGCGUUAUCUGAACACUGUCAUCAGACCUGGAUUAAGUAUUUAAAUGUCUCUCGAAUUUUCUGGUGCAAUUCAUGAAACGCAAACGCUCUAUAAACUGCCAUUUGAUAACUCAGAGAAGCCCCAAAAAUGCUAAAGACGCUCCAGGAUAUGUAAACAAAACCAUAUUAACUAGGGUUGAAUUACAUGAAUCCUUUUAAUAAACAUCCGAUGUCAUCCAGCCUGACUUCAGCAGAACAGCUAAGAACCUGACAGCACCAUUUUCUUUGCACAUUUUAAUUUACUGGUGAAAUUGUUUCAGAAGUCUGUGUGAGUGAAUGUGACUGUUUUUGAAUUAGUCGUUGAUUUAAGGGCAAUAAUGUGUUGCAGAAGUUUCCUACCAUUAAUAAAUGGAGUGGGUCAGCCUGUCUUAAAACUGUAAAACCUAGACAAAGUAGUUUGAGGUUUUAAUGAAAAUUAAGUUUUAUGUCAGCUGAUGGUGCAAAAUGCUGUUUCAGUGGUUUUAUCAACCCUGACAAGAGCCUAAUCCUCGGGUGACGUUUGUUUCUUGUAAAUUUCAGACACGUAAUUGUUGACACUUGUGGGAAGAAUUUUGGAAAACCUGUUUCAAAUUUGAGAUGGGACAAUGGAUUCUAGUUUCGCAGCACUGAUAUCAGUUUCUAGGAUGUGUUCUAGCUUAGCAUAAAAGCAGGAAGCAAAUGAAAACUGCUAGCCUAAAAAACAACUUAGAUUCAGGAUCAGUUAACACUGGCGCUACUUUGCGACCAACAACAGCCAUGAUGAAAGUGAUCAAACUUAGUAGUUGUUUAACAUAUUUGAGAUCCAGAGACUUAGCUGGCUAGGUGGUACAUGCUAACGUUAAAUGUUAUUAAAGCCACCAAUUACAUAAAUUACUGGACAACUAUCUGGCAACGUUAGCUAGCUUGCAGCACUGACUAACAUUAUAGAUAAAGACAUCUUAAAUUUUCACUGUAAAGAAAAUGAUCAAUUUUUGUAGAUUAAUUAUGAGUUGCUAGCUGACGUUAAUUGAAUGAAAUGUUGACAUGAAAUGUUGGUGCUGCAGGGGGUGGUGUCACUCUGUGAUGUUAGCUCAGUUAUUCUUAGGCGUAUACCAAGGCACCUGUAGCCUAGCUUGGCAAAGACUGGAAGCAGGCCGAAACUGCUAGCCUAGCUCAAAAAAUGAAUUCACUUUUCAUUAUAUAAUGGUUAUUGAAAAGGUGUAUGAAAAGAAAUGUAACAAUGACAUGUUGUGGUUUUAAAAGUAGUUGCCAUUGCAGCUAACUUAUUUGUUGACCAAUGACUGCUAGCAUCUCAAAAGUCCCAUCUUUAUGGUCGGGUUGCCUAGUUUUAGCUCACUCUCAACUCUACAUCCUUGUAGCUAGCAAUCUUAUUUUUUAUUUUGUUCCUACAAUAUGUAAUAAUGCUACUUUGUUAUAGAGUGGUGCAGAAAUGAGUCCUAAAACCCAGAAAUGAGUUAGCAUUUUAGCACUACAUGCUCUUGUCUUAAAGUCAAUGGGUUUUUGUUAAGCUGCCUGAAAUAACAUCUGUCUGUGGUUAACACAAGCCUAAGAGACUACGGCCAUAAAAUACGUCAGCAAAUUCCCCCUGUCAUAAAUUUUGAAGCUUUUAUACGUCUUAAAAAGAGCGGUUGUUCGCAAGUGGCUAAAUGAGACCUCAGAACGUCGUCAUGCCGAACACAGCUUUAAAGCCUUGUUGUGCUGGCGACAUUGAAUCAUGAAACUGUAGUGUAGUUUGCUUAUAGUCUAACUUUAGCUUUUUACUUCUGGCGAUUCAUGUGAAACUCCAAAAGUUAUAAAAGUGGAGUUAAUUUGUGAAUUUUAUCUGAUUGAACAAAAUGUGUAUCAUUAAAUCCCAUUGGCUUUCUGACAAAGGAAACAGGGCAAAGUUAACUUCCAUGUUGGCCGAUGAAGAAACGCCAUCCCUACAAAAUUUGGUCACUUGAUCAACCACAGGCGAGCAGUUUCCUCCUGCUUCCAGUCUUUGUGCUAAGCUAGGCUAAGCACCCCCUGGACCAUCUAGAGAUGCACAAAAUGAUGCCCAGUCCAUCUUCUCACCUGAUUCUGGGGAAGAUGAUGAAUAAAAUCAUUCCCCAAAAUGCUGAACUUGUUAUUGUCAUUGUCACAAAUCAGUGAAACUGGUCUGUAAAAACUUGUAUCCAUCAAACCCGAGCAUCAACUCUGCAGUUUGGUCUUGUUGUAAUUCUGCUUUGCUUAGACAUAAAAACAGCCGAGGGUGAUUUCUGGUUGACAGAGGCACUGAUGAGCUGUGACUCGGCAUUAGUGGUGAUGAUUAAUGUAUUCUGCAUACUGUAUGUGCAACAAUUAAAACAGCAUUUCUCCUGUGAGUGCAGCAAUGUCCUUGUGACUACAUUUCAGCCAGGUCAGAUCACGUAAUAUUCACUGCACGUUAACAUCUAUUCAUUCAUUCAUUCAUUCAUUCAUUCUCGACUGCAGAGUUCAGUUUCAGGCUUGUCACCAAAUUGUCUCAUUUUCAUGCAAAAAGAGGACGAAGCAAUAGUGUGAGUGAUUCCUGUGCUCUGGGAAAUUCAGUGUGGAAGCAAAAUGCAUUUUUGAUUUCUUUCCUUUUUUUCCCCUGUUUUUUAUUUCCAGUUACUGUUGCUAUUUUUAUUUUGUCAAUCUUCAAUUGUGAUCUAUUUUUGAUAAAAUAAAUAUUUUAUCCUGA